AUGGCUGAUAUUAUCACCGUGUAUGUUCAGCACCUCAUGAAAGUACAGUCUGAAAUGAGAGAGGAGCCGACCGAAUUGGAGGUUGCAUCACCCACUGAAUCCUUUCCAUCCUUCAAAAUUUUUUCUGGAGAUUUUGUACCCAAUAUAUCGUUGGAGAAGUACACGCAUCGCCUUGUAACGUACAUACAGUGUUCACCCGAAGCAUAUAUAUUUGCCUUGGCAUAUAUUCGACGACUAUUCUUCCGCAGGUUCCCGUUGCACUCGGGCAAUAUCCACCGCGUACUCCUUACCGCCGUAGUUAUCGCAGCGAAAACAAGAGACGACUUGUACUUUUCGAUGAGUUACUACGCGCACGCUGGAGGUGUAAGUAACCGCUACCUGAACAUGAUGGAACUUCGCUUCUUGGCCGACUUGAUUGAUUUUAGGGCGGAGGUAUCACCUACAGAGUACCGACUUGUCUGUAACUCCAUCAUAACGGCUAAGUCCUUCCAAAGGGUAAGCAGCAAUAUGUCCGACCUGUGCGACGUCACAGCUAGUAACACUCCUUCAGAGUUGGAAGACACCCCUUUGGCUGGGAAGCCACAAUGGAUCACGGAGUGCCAGUUGCAUUGGUAA